AUAAUAACAUGUUGUCAUAUUCGGUGGUUUUUAGGAAAAUAAAUUUUAUUCGACAUAUCUUAAGAAAAUUUUAAAAAUGCGUUGAAAAAAAUAUUUUUGUAACAAAUUCAAAGUUUUGCUAUGGGGAAAUGAUUGAAAACAAAGUAUUGUUUUUAAUCAACAGGAUUUUGCCUAGACCAACAUCUUUGGCAUUAAUUAAAAAAUCGUAUAAGUGCAUCAGCUUUAAUACCGGAUUAAUACCUUCCCCAUGCAAAACAACAUGCAGCAACAGUUCAUAUUUAGGCCAACAAAAGUUUCAAUUAAAUUUCUCCCAGUUGGAUCCAAACAGAAACAACAAACACAAUCUGCUACAACAAUCAACAUUCUCACUGGACUUACUUAAAACUUUUACGGUCGCUAAAAAAGAUCCAAAUAGGAAAAAAAAACGUGUCCCUAAAUUGAUAUUACUGCAAAAUCCCUUUAGAUGGCUGAUGACAAAAAUCGAUUUUAGUGUGUUGAGAAGUGUAUGGGAUCCAUCAUUUACUGAAAAGGAAUUCAAAUUUGGUACUAAACAGGCAAUAUCGCGAGUAACUCAAGUAAUAAGUGACGGCAAGUAUGAGGACCUAAACGGUCUUCUUACGAAGCCUGCGCGUUUAAGUCUGCUCAGGGAAUUGGAGCGGAACUGGAAUAAUCGGCACCGCGCACUGCUAGCACUCAAACACGAAGAUAUACAGAUAUCUUCGCCAAGGAAAGUGUACUUCAUACGGAUUGCCGAUAAAAAGUUCUGCGAUGUUGAUAUGUCUUUUCUGGCUCUCAAAUGGACACCGAUAAAUGCCGUCGACUCGUUGAUAUUUACUGAGAUUUUCGCGAGAUUUCAUCGCGAAUACACACCGAACUGCAUUCCAGAGUGGACCAUAGCUUACUUUAAAAUAACACGUUUUGAAGUUCUGCGACGAUAGAUAUUUAAUUCAAAGU